AUGACCGCGCUAGCGCACCCAUCCACCGCAUUUAUCUACUUGAUCUCCACGAUCCGUGACCGCCACCGCCGAACCCUCCCCUCAAUUUUCGACCCCGCUUGCCAAUCGACUCUACACACAGCACUAAUUUCCCAAAGAGCUUUCGAAAGCGUCUGCACAAAAUUCUUCAAGGAGAGCGAAGUCGAUCUCCUACUCAGCGUGCCUUGUGGCCGCCACUGGAUCUGCUCGGACGACGUCGCCAGCUUUUUCGAGCACGCAACAAAUAACGAGAGCUUGUUCCCGCCAAAAUGCUGCGGCCAGAUCUUGUUGCUGGAAGACUACGAGGAUCAUGUCCCAUUCGACGUAGCAUGGGCGUACCAGAAGAAGGAGCAGGGCGAGUACGCCAUACUGGCCAAGUUUCGAGUAUACUGCGGUCAUCCGCCAUGCGCCACGUUUCUCCACCCAACUUCCCACCUCCAAGACCCAGAGACGAAAACCGCGUACGCCAUUUGUGAGGCAGAAGGCUGUGGGAAGUUGACCUGCACAAAGUGUCGGGCCCUAAUCCAGGACGGCAUCGAGAACCACGAGUGCCAAAAAGACGAAGAAGCCAAAAGGUUCAAGCAAGCGGCGGCGGAGAACGGAUACCAAGAGUGCACUGGCUGCGGUGCGACUGUCGAGUUGAGUGAGGCCUGCAACCACAUCACAUGCGGAUGCGGCCAGUCCUUCUGCUACGUCUGCGGCAGAGACUGGGAAGACUACCACGCUUGCCCCAUAUACGGUCCUCCUAUCUUCGACGAAGAGGGAUACAACCAAGACGGCUUUCAUCGCGAUACAGGCCUCAACCGAGCUGGUCUGAAUCGCCGUCAAGACAUCACCCGUGCUCGUGCAGAACAUUGGGGCGAUGGUGGCGAUGACGAGACCAACGACGAGCAAGCGGAGUGGGAAGUGCUUCAGCACCUUAAUGAGGAGACACGCCACAUGCUCGAAUUGCUUCCUCCUCACGUCCGCGAAGAGGUCUUGGACCAAUUCCGCAUCGAGUUGUUCGAAACCCAAGGUAUCCUCUUUGAUCAGUUCCAAGGCGAGAAUGACGAGGAUGCCGAAGUGGAGGACGACGAAGCAGAGCACGAGAAUGACGAGGACAGCGAAGGCGGAGAAUCUGACAUCGGUUCAAUCCCCGAGGAUCAAACGGACGAAGAAGAAGAAGAAGCUAUGGAGUUGGAGGCUGCUCCCUAG